AUGGCUAAUUCAUCAACUGACGACAGCAAUGGCGCCGACGCUAAAGUCUUUGGCGAAGGGAUCAAAGAUGAUGCCGUCCUCGAGACGUUCGGAUAUGAACAGGAGCUGAAGAGGACUUUCGGUGUUGUCGGCAUGAUCGGAUUCAGCUUCAGCAUCGUGACGUGCUGGACCGCUCUCUCCGGUGUCCUCAUCGUCGGAGUGGAAUCAGGCGGGCCCCCGGUCAUGAUCUGGUCCUGGGUAGGCGUUUGUGCUGUGUCUCUGGCCGUCGCCUACUCGAUGGCCGAGAUGUGUUCGGCGUACCCAGUCGCCGGAGGCCAGUACUCGUGGGUUUUCAUACUGGCGCCGAAAAGAUGGGCGCGCGGGCUAUCGUAUGUCUGCGGAUGGUUCAUGCUGAUUGGCAUUCUGGCAAUGGGAGCGGUGAACAACUUCAUCUGCGCCAACUUCAUCCUCGGCAUGGCCAACCUCAGCAACCCGAACUACACCAUCGAGCGGUGGCACACGGUGCUCGUCACGUACCUCAUCUGCACGCUCGCCACGCUCUCCAACAUCUUCCUCCCGCACCUCCUCAACCGCAUCUCCAAAGCCAUCCUGCUGUGGAACAUCUGCUCCUUCCUCGCCUGCACCAUCACCAUCCUCGCCACAAACACCGACAAGCAACCCGCCUCGUUCGUCUUCUCCUCGUUCCAAAACACCACCGGCUUCCCCGCGUCCUACGCCGCCAUCCUCGGCAUCCUCCAGAGCGCCUUCGGCAUGUGCUGCUACGACGCGCCCGCGCACAUGACCGAGGAGAUCCACGACGCGCGCAAGCAGGCGCCGCGUGCCAUCGUGCUGUCCGUCUGGCUCGGCGGCGUGACGGGCUUCGUCUUCCUGAUCGCGCUGUGCUUCUGCAUGGGCAGCGUCGAGGCGACGGCGGCGUCGACGACGGGCGUGCCCGUCAUCGCCAUCUUCCACCACAGCACGCAGUCGGUGCCGGCCGCGUGCGCGCUGACCAGCCUCAUCACCGUCAUCGGGCUCGUGUGCGCCAACAGCCUCACCGCCGAGGGCGGCCGCGCCGUCUACGCCUUCGCCCGCGACCGCGGGCUGCCCUUCUCCGGCGCAGUGGGCGCGGUCCAUCCGACCCUGCGCGUGCCCGUGGGCGCGAUUCUGGUCACGGCCGUCGUGCAGGCUGCCUUCGACUCCAUAUACUUCGGCACCGUGACCGGCUUCAACACCGUCAUUUCCAUCGCCACCGAGGGCUUCUACGUCUCCUACGCCAUCCCCCUCUUCGUCCGCAUCCUCGCGCGUCUCGACCCGACGUCCAAGCCCCUCGUCGCCCCUCACUACUCGCUCGGCCCUUGGGGCGGAUUGUUUGCUAAUGUCGUUGGCUUCGUUUAUCUUGCUUUCGCCGUCAUUACGUUUAACUUCCCAACUGUGGACCCUGUUGAUCGGGAGAAUAUGAAUUAUACCUCUGCAGCGGUGGGGGUGGUUAUGAUCAUUGCGGCGGGGACGUGGGUCACGACGGGGAGGAAGCAGUAUUCGGGGCCGGAGAUGGAAGCGAAAGGGGUGGUUGUCGAGGGUGUGGAGAGGGAGGCCGAGGCCGAGACCGAGGCGGAGGAGAGUGGGGGGCAGGAAAAGAUGGCGGCACGGUGA